AUGGCUUCUUCAAUUCCUAUUCCUGAGAGAACUGCAGUAUAUGGUGAUGCGAAGCAGAGACAUCGUAAUUACAGGGAAAAUGUUUCAGAUAAUUCAUCAAUAGAAAGGUCUAACACGAUCAAUUUAAGAAUGCUCACUUAUGAUGAGGGUAUGACUUCAAUACAAUCAUUCAAAUCUUGUGAUGAACCUAUGAAAGAAUCAAAUGAGCAAUCAUCAAUCGUUACAAUUAAUGUUAGUGGAUGCCGAUUUGUAACACAUCUAUUUACUCUGGAAAAUUUUCCUGAAACACUUUUGGGUAAUGCACGUAAAAGAACUGCUUUUUGGAUUGAAGAACGAAAAGAAUACUUUUUCGAUCGAAAUCGUGCUUGUUUCGAAAGUAUUCUCGGCUACUAUCAAUCAAAUGGGCGCCUUCAUCGACCAGAUACAAUAGAAUUGGUUAAAUUUCUCGAGGAAAUUUCAUUUUUUGAAUUAGGUUCAACCGCACGGGCCCAAGUUGUAAAACCGACAAUUUUAAACAAACCAAAGAGUCAGCCAAUGCCUAAAAUGAAGUGUCGUAGAGUGAUUUGGUGUCUUCUAGAAUAUCCGCAAUAUUCAAUGCUAGCUCGUGUGAUAGAUAUUGUCACGAUAAUCGCAACUGUCCUUUCUUGUGUCGCAUCAGCGAUUGAAACGUUGCCAAACAUUAUUAGUCGUCCAGUAGAUAUUUGCCGGGAACAAGCCAAUCUUUCUCUUAACGAAACGCAUGUUCCCAUAUGUUCAGCAAUAUACAGUUCAGUUUUUUUUAUCAUUCAAACUAUUUGCGUUGGAUAUUUUACAAUUGAGUUUCUUCUUCAUUUGAUUAGUACUCCAUCUUACAAACGAUAUUUCUUGUCUGUUUUCACUUAUAUCGAUUUAGCAGCUAUAAUCCCUUACUUCGUAUCUUUGGGUAUUAUACUAAGCCAUUCAUACAUAGAUACAGGGCGCAAUACGAUGCUUUAUAUGGCCAUUCUACGUUCACUACGUUUACUGCGAAUAUUAAAAAUGUAUCGACUUUUUCGACAUUUGAAAUCGCUGCGUGCCCUCGGUAGAACUUUGAAAGCAUCUGUCGCCGACCUCGCUGGAGCACUUUGUGGUUUAAUUAUCUUUGCAUUUCUGUUCGGAGCAGCAGCUUACUCUGCUGAAAAUGAAACAAAUCGGGAAGUGUUUGAUUCGAUUCCAAAAGCAACAUAUUGGGGAAUCAUCACAAUUACAACUGUCGGUUAUGGAGAUAUGUAUCCAAUCACAUUUACAGGCCGUAUAAUUGCUAGUUUAUGUGCUUUAUCAGGUGCAGCAAUCAUUGGCAUGUUUGUUUCGGUUCUAGUCGAUCGAUAUCAGCGUGCUUUUAAUCAAAAGAUGGAUUCAAUCGAUCAACAAAUGUCAUCGACUGAUACAAAUGAUGAAGAGCGGAAUAUAUUGGAAGAAUCCUCCCCAGGACGAACAAUCCGAUAG